AUGUCAGUCCUACACGUCCCGGGCGCCAGCUUGCAGCAAUCCGGUGGUCAGACCGAAGGGAUGUCGAGAAAGAACGCAAUCAUGGACAAGUCCGAUCAGCUCUGCUCCUCCAUCAUGCUAGCCAAGCCGCACUCCUCCUCUGGGAUCCACCAUCACGCCACCCAAGACACCAUCAUCUACGCCAUCCGCGGAAACGGCUCCAUCUCGUUUGCGGACGGCCGAGAGCGGGUGGACCUGAAACCGGGGGACUGGGCGUUGAUUCCUGCGAAUGUGGAACACAAGGAGAUGAACGACGGGGAUGAGGAGGUGGAGUGGGUGAUUGUGAGAGGUGGGAGAGUGGCAGCGGUGGAGAAUGUGGACGGAUGGAAGGGUGCAUAA